UUGCGUCAACAUUUAUUUUCAAAAUCCUUAAUACAAAAAUUAUGUCUCCUGAUAAGGCAUACAUUUCUGGUGUAGUUGAAGGAUUUUAUGGACGUCCUUGGACAACGGAUCAACGCAAACAUUUGUUUUCAUUGCUUCGUAAAUUUGGAAUGAACACUUAUUUAUAUGCCCCAAAAGACGAUUUGAAGCAUAGAGCAGAAUGGCGAAUUCUUUACACGAGCGAGGAAGCAGCUUUACUCGAAUCCUUAAUUCGAACAGCUAAUGACAACGAAAUUACUUUUGUGUAUGCUCUGUCACCUGGUAUCGACAUUUUAUAUUCAAGCGUUAAAGAAAUGAAAGCAAUUAAAGACAAACUUAAUCAGGUUCGCUCUCUUGGUUGCAACGCUUUUUCUCUCCUUUUUGAUGAUAUUGAAACUAGAAUGAAUGAAGCGGAUAGAAGAAAGUUUACUUCUUUUGCCCAUGCACAAUUAACUGUAGCUAAUGAAAUAUAUGAGCAUAUGGGAUGUCCUUUAUUCUUUUUCUGUCCAACAGAGUAUUGUGAAUCGUCCGCAUCGCCAACUUUGGACGAGUCUGGUUAUCUUACCGUGCUUGGCGCUGAACUUCACCCUGAUAUCCGUAUUUUAUGGACUGGCCCUCGAGUUGUUUCCCGCCUCCUCACUGCCGAACACCUUCAAAGGGUAUCAGCUGUUUUAAAGCGGAAACCAACGAUCUGGGAUAAUCUGCAUGCUAAUGAUUAUGAUCCUAAACGAGUUUUUAUGGGUCCAUUCCUUGGUCGUUCAGUUGCGAUACGUGCAGAGACUGCUGGACUUUUAUUGAAUCCAAAUUGUAAAUAUGAAGCUAAUUACAUUCCACUUUUCACACUUUCUGAUUGGAUUCAAAGCGAUUCAGAUGCACCACAUGUAGAGAAAGAUCAGGACGCAGUUCUUGAAACAGCGCCAACUGUAGAAGAUGCAGUUGUUCGUGUUGUUGAAGAAAGUACACAAAGAACAAAGAAGCGUCUUUAUCAUCCACUCAACUCUCUUCGUGCUGCAAUUCACAGUUGGCUACCUCAUUUUGGUAGUGGACCUGGUCCAGCUAUUCCUCCAUUCUCUCAAAGAGAAUCAAUCCAAGCAAUUGCUCCAGUUAUUGCUCCGAAUAAAGUUCACUCUUCAGAAGAGGUUCCACCGCCGACUAUAAGAACUUGUGAAGGGAAUGAAAUGCUUAAUGGAGAUUUUCCUCCACCAAUUUAUACUUCUCCAAUAGGCCAGGCAACAACUGUUACUAUUCAAGCAUUUCCAUUAUCCGAGGCAAUUAUGGGUGUUGUGGCAGCACACGAAGACCCGAAAAUUAUAAGUAAAGAAGCCCUGACUGUUAAUUCACUCACAAUGGAUUAUAAUGAACCGAUGGAUGCUAUAGGAGAAGCAACAUCAAUUGAAGCUUCUGUGGAGCCUGGGAAAGAAGAAGAUUUUAUAACAGCUCGAAUGGAUUUAGACACUCUCGAAACAGAAGAAAAGAAAAAACAAACAAGGAAAGCACUUGGUUUCUAUUUACCAUUCGAAAAUGGACGAAGAGCACAAAACAUCCUCAGCGAAUUUAAAUGGCUAUAUGAAAAUGCUAUGAUUUUGCGGACAGACUCGGGCCAACAGAAUACCAGGCAACAAGCAGAAUCAGAAGAAUGGCAUCGACGAAAUGCAGAUUUUCAAUCAACUGUUGAACAAAUCAAUGACCUCUAUAGGUGUAUAAUAAAAUCGCCAAAUAAGAGUCUUUUACAAGAAAUUUUCCCCUAUUUAUGGGAAGCGCAAGGCCUUUUUUCAAUUCUUUGUGCAUUGCUUGAAUGGAUGCUUAACGGAAAUUUGAUUCUAUCACCUAGUGAAUCAAUUAAUUCUACUGGAUCAGUUGAAGUUGAUUUUGAUUUGGAACCUUGGGCUCUAAGUGGUGGUCUUUUACCUGAUUUACAAAAAUUAAUUGCUGCUUCUCCCAAACUAGGAGAAUUGUUUACAAUAAAAUUUCCGAUUCCUCUAAGUCUAACAUGUUAUCGAAUUCGGCCGUUGGAUUUUUUGAAUGUUAAAAAGUCCAAACUCUACGCUAUUUUUGCACACCCAGAUGAAAGGCUUUUAGCAGAAACUAUAGUCUCAGUCAUUCCGGAUCUUUCUGCCGAAACAUAUUUCUUUGAUCGAACAUUUGCACUUUUCCUCAAAUAUGGCAUACCUGCUCACAAUUUUAUUGCUGAAUCGGCUCAAGAAAAUGAUUUAGGUGAUGGGAAUUUGUUGGAAGAUAAAGAAGGUUGUACAGAUGAUUGUCACGAUUCUGGUUAUUCAAUUCAAGAAGAUGGAAUGUGCUCCCUUACAAUGGCAAUUUUAAAUGUUCAAACAAUUUUGGAUGAUAUGAAUAAUGUUUUUAUUAAUGAAUUUAAAAGAAAAUAUUCUUUUUCUAAUAAAAACAAAUUUAAAAAUGAAAUGAAAAAUGAACUAACAACGAACGGUCAGGAAGACAUGGAGCAAGGAGGAAAGGAUGAUGAUGGACAGACAACGAAAUCUUCCUCUUCUGAAAUGGAAGGAACUGAUUUUAUUGAUGAUAUUCAUCUUUCAUAUCUUCAAACACUUCUCCAUCUUCCUAAAGAUUUUCUCCUCACAUAUCAAAGUUUAAUUGAAAUUCGUUGGCCUGAUGAUGCGACAGAAGCUGUUUCUGUUCGAAGGCUUUUACAUUGUAUUUCUGCUUCUUUGGCAUUGAAUGGUUCUACAGGUUUCUUCACAAUUAUUAAAUCUGAUAGAGAUGAACAAAUUGAAUUACUUUCUCGUUUGGGUCUGGAUAUUUUGGAUGUUGGAGACAAUCAGCCAAAUAAUAAUAAUAAUAAUGGAUAUAUUAUCUUAGGUCAUUCACUUUAA